AUGGGCAACGGAAUGCGCAAAUACUCGCAAUGCGACGCCUACUACAAGAAGCGGCGAAAAACCGAUGAAAUUUGCGGCUCGAAUUUCUCAAAGGAUUACAGCGAAUACUGGAAGACGACCGACAGGAAGAAUGAUAAUUUCGCGAUCGAACGCAAUGAGUACAUGUUUUCGACGAGUCAAGCGUUCGAUUCGCCGCUUCGCAACAGCCGAAAACAGCAUCCGUCGACGUUCGUCUCAUCGUUUGAGGGCUCGAAUAAUUUCGGCGCGAAAACGGAUUGCCGUCGCUGA